GCCUGGAAGGCAGGGACGGAAAGGGAAGUGCGCCAAGGGCGACAUUAGCGGAUGAUAGGCCCAACGAUUCAUCGGUGACGCUUGCUGCUGACAUCGAAGCAUGCCCCCGUGCCUUACAUAUUUGGUCGGAGCCAGUAUACCCUUUCCACCCUGACGGCCACCACCUACCUUCCCAUGGCAUACUCCCAGCCCCAUCCCAGGCUCUCUGUUCUCUCAAAUUCUUCUCUUUCAUCUGUAGAGCAUCUCUCACCAACUACCAGUUCUCGUUAUUCUAUUCCUUCGGCCCCAUCGAUAAACACAGCUCUCGGCACCAAUAAGCAAGCCCUCUCUCGACCAAACAUAUACGACAGGAACCUUAACAAACCUCGCGUAACUGAUGUCUCUGGCGCCGCUUUUAGCUUUCUGUUCUCAGAAAUUGUGCAGUACACCCAGAAACGCGUGAGCGGUAUCAAUGAUCUCGAACGCCGACUGAAUACUCUCGGCUAUCGUAUCGGCACCCGAGUCCUUGAGCUCAUGGUAUGGCGUGCAGAAUCAUCCUCCAAGACUCCGAAACGAGAAAUACGGCUCCUACCUUCCUUGAUGUCCAUUCAUACCCAAGUCUGGCGGGCCGUCUUUGGAAAGCCAGCGGAUGCGAUCGAAAAGAGCGUCGAGAAUGCAGAUGAAUAUAUGAUCAUUGACAACGACCCAUCUAUUGAGCGUCAUAUCUCCGUUCCCAAGGACAUGAGUCAAUUAAGCUGUUCGUCCUUCACUGCGGGUAUUGUUGAAGCCGUAUUGGAUGGGCUAGGCUUCCCCGCUCGCGUCACCGCGCACAAUACACCUACAGCCCAAUUUCCUACCCGGACAACGAUUCUAAUUAAACUCGAAAAGUCGGUUCUGGAACGGGAAGAACUGCUGAAGCAAUAGUCAUAUGCAUCUGGUACUGUUGUGUAUUACUGUGCAUCUCAUUCAUAAUACCACUGUAUUGCGCCGUGUGAAACAGCACAUCGAAGUUAGUCUGCCUGUCGGAGACGGCACUAGUCUCCCUAUCUGGUGAUCUCGUCCGAGCCCAUGCUUUAUGAUUGUUGCGAGAAUUCAGGGUAGAAGAUAGGCCUUCGAUCGGUAUCUAUGUAUACAAGACGACUACAAGAUAGAUAUCUUUUCGAUAUUGAAAGACAGCAAUAUCCGGACGUUGGCGAUGAUGGCGUUGUUUAGUAUACGGUGAUACCGUCCACCCCAAAUGGCUUUCGGAAUAUGUAGCCAUGGCCGAACCGUCUUAUA